UUCACUUUCUUUUUGAGUCUGCAGGGUGCGACCACAGAGCGAGAAAAGAAUAAGAGAGACGAAGACACCGGGGAGAGUUGUCUGCAGAUCGAGGUGACAAUGAAGCUGGUCGGAAUCUUCUCUAGAGAGGAUGAAUCUUGUUAUCGAUGGUUGGUCAAUAGGAUUGUGUCAUGGAAGAACGUGAAGGACGUCCGCUCUGUGACCAUCACAAAUAACUACGAAAAAUUCAGAGAGGAGACUUCAAAGUGUAAUUUUGCCAUUCUCUACCACUCGAAGAACAGAGGAAGGAUCAAUGUCACCGAUGUCACCGAUUCACUGUAUGAUAAUGAACUGGAGGAACUCAACACGGUAUACGGAAGGAAGAACGUUCUGGUGGUGAUCGACGAUCUGGAUGACAGCAGCGAUGAGGUGAAGAACAAUAUCCUCAGUAAUCAGCAGAAGAUACAACGUCUGGCCCAGGAUCUGUUCCUCUUCAGCUCCGCAGAUAAAGCCGCACUUAAUACAUUGGGAUAUCAGACGGUGCAGAAUCCCCAGAAAGCGCUGGACGAGAUGAGGAGGAUAAUAGAAGGUGAUAAGAAAAGGACCUUCCAUGAUAUUGAGAGAUCAUCAUCCAGAGACUUGUUACCCUCACCCCGGAGGAGAGGGCGACCUAAUCGCUUGUGCGUGUUCAUCGUCAUCAUUGUUAUAGUAAUUAUCACGAUUACUCUGAUUAUUACGCUGCGUCAUCCCGAGACUCUCGUACCAUCGACCAUCCCUCCUACCAUCACCACGGUGACCCCUCAACCUAAAAACACCUUCAUUAAUGUGACCACCGGAGGAUAGUCCGUAUAAGGAUGUGGGGCUAGCAAUCCCUAUAUCCACCACUAGUAGCUUAUGUCUAUGUAUGUAGUUAUCUAAUGUAAGCCCCGCCUACUCCGAGUGAUGUCAUCAGCUGCUGACAGAUUGUCCGGCCCCUGCAGAGCCUCUUCUCUAUGCCUAAUGAUGUUGGCUCCGUUCUCUUGUCCUUAAUUCUGAUUGGCCGUUGUUUUGCUUGUUUCAUCUUAUUCUGUGAAUUAUUAAGAUCGUUGCGAUUAUUUUUGCCGCCUUUGUUCCCUUUUCCUGAUUCUGUAGAAAUUUUCACUAUGAAAUAAACGCACAGACUGCUGA